AUGGCCGACGUUUUCGAAUUCGAAUUGGACGGACAUGAUGCCCAACCAUCACCACAACGUCAUGUAUACCAGUAUGAAAAUCAUUCGGAGGUAAUGGAGGACGAUCACAUGUACAGCAAUGUUGCUGAUGGGCAAAUUUCUGCACCUCCACCGAGCUCAUCCUACAUGGAAGAUCCGAUGAUGGAGUCGAUUCAGCUGUGUGCCAGUGCAAUCAAUCCACCAAACGUUCGUGUUGGACCAGAAGAUUUUCAACUAUUGAAAGUUCUUGGAAAGGGUGGUUACGGAAAGGUGUUCCAAGUACGGAAAACGACUGGCUCUGACUCUGGAAAGAUCUUCGCAAUGAAAGUUCUCCAAAAAGCGACAAUUGUCAGGAAUCAAAAGGAUACGGCUCACACGAAAGCGGAACGAAAUAUCCUUGAAGCAGUCAAAUCGCCAUUCAUUUGUGAUCUUCUCUAUGCAUUCCAAACUGGUGGAAAAUUAUACUUGAUUCUGGAAUAUCUCUCGGGUGGAGAGCUUUUUAUGCACUUGGAAAGAGAAGGAAUGUUUAUGGAGCAUGUUGCCAAAUUCUAUCUAUCGGAAAUCGUGGUCGCACUCGAACAUCUUCACCAACAAGGCAUUAUUUAUCGUGAUUUGAAGCCAGAAAAUAUUCUUUUGGAUUGUUACGGACAUGUAAAACUCACGGAUUUCGGAUUGUGCAAAGAAGAAAUUGAAGGAGACCAAAAGACGCAUACAUUCUGUGGAACUAUCGAAUAUAUGGCACCAGAGAUUCUAAUGCGAUGUGGACAUGGAAAAGCCGUCGAUUGGUGGAGUCUUGGAGCACUUAUGUUCGACAUGCUCACUGGAGGACCACCAUUCACAGCUGAGAAUCGACGAAAGACAAUUGACAAAAUUCUUAAAGGACGUCUUACUCUUCCAGCAUAUCUCUCAAACGAGGCUCGCGAUCUCAUUAAGAAGCUUUUGAAACGCCACGUGGACACUCGUCUUGGAGCUGGAAUAUCUGAUGCUGAAGAGAUUAAAGCACAUCCAUUCUUCCAGAAGACCGAUUGGAAUCUUGUCUAUGCCCGUCGACUUGAAGCCCCAUUCAAGCCAGAGAUAGAAAAUGACGAGGAUGUAUCGCUUUUCGAUACACGAUUCACAAAAAUGACACCUGUGGAUUCUCCAUGUGAAACGAACUUCAGUUUGAAUGGUGACAAUCCGUUUGUUGGAUUCACUUAUGUUGCUCCAUCCGUUCUCGAAAUGAUGAACAAGGGACAUGGAAUUAGUGUCGCACAUCUCGCAUCCUCAAUGUCAAGAAAUGCAGGAGGAUUUCAUGGAAAGAGUUCUAGAAAGCCAGGAGAUCCAGAAACCGCUCACAUUCAACAUGGCGGUCAAUCCAAUCUUUUCGGUCACGGCUCCAAUAACGAAUCACAUCAGUUCUUUGGUGUUCCAUCUGGCCAAUCCCAUCAACAUAACUCGAAUUUCACUCCAUUCGGUGGUUUUAACGAAGAUGAUGCUAUGGAUACAUCUACUCCGAGAGCCAGCGAAAGCCGGGAAACAACGGGAAAUAAUGGAAACGGAAAUAGACCGAGUACCGUUGGAAGCACUGCUUCCACACCAAUUCCAUUGCCUAAAAGGGUUAUGUGA